CAGAUGUAAUUAUUAACAUGCAGCCUGGAGCAGGAAAUGGCUCACGCUCUGAAACAAUUUCUUGCACAGACUUCUCGCGAUAGUUUAAUUUAACGAUGCGCUCGACUUCUUUUCACUCGCGCAAAUCCUGCACGUCAAGGACACUUCGCUUCAGGUUUUUCCUCCGGACCUCAGACAGCAAUGUCGGCGCUCAGCGGUAAGGUGCAGACGGUGCUGGGCCCGGUGGAGCCGAGCCAGCUGGGCCGCACCAUGACCCACGAGCACCUGACCAUGACCUUCGAGUGCUGCUACAUGCCGCCGGCGCCGGGGGACAAGGCCGUUUCCGAGGCCCACAUCGAGAUGAAGAACCUCUUCUGGCUCAAGCAGAACCCGUACAGCAGCCCGGAGAACCUGCUGCUGAACCAGGAGACCGAGGCCGUGCGGGAGGAGCUGCUUCUCUACCGGCGGGCAGGAGGGGGCGCCAUCGUGGAGAACACCACGACUGGCAUCAGCCGCGACGUGAAGACCCUCAAGAGGCUGGCCAAGGAGACCGGCGUCCACAUCGUGGCCGGGGCUGGCUUCUACGUGGACGUCACACACUCCAGUGAGACGCGGAAGAUGACUGUGGAGAAGCUCACCGACAUCAUCGUAAGCGAGGUUCUCCACGGGGCCGAUGGUACAGACAUCAAGUGUGGCGUGAUUGGGGAGAUCGGCACGUCCUGGCCAAUCACGGACAGCGAGACGAAGGUCCUGAAGGCCACAGCCCAUGCCCAGACCCAGCUUGGCUGCCCCGUCAUCAUCCAUCCGGGUCGGAACCCCACUGCUCCUGCCGCUGUGGUCCGGAUCCUGCAGGAGGCCGGAGGUGACAUCAGCAAAACCGUCAUGUCUCACCUUGACAGAACCAUAUUUGACGAAGGGGAGCUCCUGGAGUUUGCGAAGAUGGGGAGCUACCUGGAGUAUGACCUGUUUGGGACAGAGAUGCUAAACUACCACUACAACCUGGAGGUGGACAUGCCCAGCGACAGCCAGAGAGUCAGGACCUUGGCUUUCCUGGUGGCGGAGGGCUACGAGGACAGGAUUGUCAUUGCGCACGACGUCCACACCAAGAACCGGCUGGUCAAGUACGGCGGGCACGGCUACUCGCACAUACUCAACAACAUCGUGCCCAAAAUGCAGACCAGGGGCAUCAGUCAGGUCCAGGUGGACAAGAUCCUGAUUGAGAACCCCAAACACUGGCUGACCUUCAAAUGAGGUGUAAUUUUACUCACCGGGCUAAACGGCCAGAAGUUUUCCUUUUUAACCCAGUAAAAAUCUGGACAAGAGCACCUGCUACGUGAUUGUAAUGUGAAAUUUCGGCCACGCUGUGAUUUUUUUCAAAAAUUGUAUGUAGCUUGUUCCUGUCAGUACCGGUGAAACAAAAGUAGCAGUGGUAAAUUUGUUCAUUCUGACUAUAAAUAUUGAUCAUUUACAUUAUGAAAUUGAUCAUUUGUCUGUUUAGCUUAGACUGUGGAAAUGGUGUCAACUAAAGAUGGCGUUGCUGCAAAAUUAUUGUAUCACUGCAGCAACAGUCACUGCUGUACUGCAUCAUCACAGCGAUGUUCUGGGAAGAACAAUCCAUAGCCACAGGGAAGGCAUUUGCUUUAAUAUGCGUAAUGCUCAUUUAAAAAUUUAAGUAGUACAAUAGUCUAAAUUGAAUGAAGGCCUCAAUAAAUAACCGUUUCAAUAUAUGCCAUGCAAAUGCGUACCUUAAUCUUGUCUAAGGUUCUAUUAACCUGUCAGUUCACGGCGAUGGAUUGUGUCUUAGAGUAUCUUAAAUGGAAUCAUAAAAUGCAGAAAAUCUAUCAGGCUGUAAGCAAUAUUUUUUGGACUGCAAACAAGUAUACUGGCGCUGUCGAACACAUGGUGCUAAGGGUGGUCAAUGUGACAUGAGCUGAGAAGGGAUAUUUCAAAUGAAGUAUGUGUGUCAAGUAGUAUAAUUAUUACAAACUUGUGAAGUAAAAUAGACUGUAAACACAGGCAUGCGUUUGCUGAUAAAUGACCUGGAACGGCAUUACCUCUGUGCUGUGUCACUUCCCGGUUUGUCGUUACCGCACUCUUUUAGGACUGAAACCCUGUGAGCUGUCCUCGGUGGCCUGGUGGAGGGCUGUGUAAUUAGGGAAUGUGUUCGGAGCCUGGCAGAUUGCAUUGAAGGACACCCGAACCUGCCGCUGAACAGGUGGUAUCGCAGAGUGGCUUCUCAUGUGAUAAAUGACAUGCUGGAGCAAUCGCUGACUGACUGUUAUAUUUUAAAUCCAAAGAAAAAAAAUUGACAUAAAUAAAUAAAUAAAUAAAUGAAGGAAUACUGAUAAAGCCGAGGCAGGGUGAAUUGUCCUUGGCUCGUGGCGUUUCAUUAAGCAUUGUCACUGAGAGGAGUGUUGAUAGCUUGCAGAUGAGCUCCCAUUGAGGCAGGAGGAGGGGGUGCGGUGCUGCCACAUUGCCUAAAUUAUUAUAUUAUACCCCAGAACCACAGGCUCCUUCCUGUGGGAGGAUUUCAGAGCAAUAAAAGUCUUUUUUUUUUU